CCUGGGUAGGAGUUCCAUUACCACAUGUAGUUUGGCCACGGUCAGUAUUUUCAGCACCUCUGCUGGGAGAAUCGCAGGGGUUUAUUAUUAUUAUUUACCUUCCCUUUGAUCUACUAGCUAGCUCUCAGCUCCAAAUCUGUUUUCUUGGAGCAACAUUUCUGUUCAGGAGAGACGAAGACGUCAGGAUCUGCAGAUCACGGGAAGAAAUGCAUCUUCCGAGUGAGGGUCGGGCAGGGCCGUCGCCUCCUCGUCCUAUCUUCCGGUUCUCCAUUUCCUUACAGAACUCGAGUUUCCAUUGAAGUGAGCGGAUUCAGAUACAACUCAAGCUUGUUAGAGGGCUUUUUAAAAACAAAAAGUUGACUCUGUGCAUGAGAGCAAGUUACUGCUGCUUACCGACCGUUCAGAGACUUACAGGUGCUUGCCUGAACUGCAAUAAAGGACUCAUAUAUUGAGCAAGACUUAUAUUUAUCUCUUCGUUUUGGAGAGCCCAAUAAACUGUUAUUACAGUUUCUCUACUGACUUUCAAAAGUUCUGAAGUUUGAAAGAGACACCUUUGCAAAUUAACACAGCAUGAGCACGGCCAGAACAGAGAACCCUGUUAUAAUGGGUCUGUCCAGUCAAAAUGGUCAGCUGAGGGGCCCUGUAAAGCCCAGUGGUGGCCCUGGAGGAGGGGGCACACAGACACAGCAACAGAUGAACCAGUUGAAAACCACCAACACAAUCAAUAAUGGCACUCAACAGCAAGCACAGAGUAUGACCACCACUAUUAAGCCUGGUGAUGACUGGAAAAAGACUUUAAAACUCCCACCAAAAGAUCUAAGAAUCAAAACUUCGGAUGUGACCUCCACAAAAGGAAAUGAGUUUGAAGAUUACUGUUUGAAACGGGAGUUACUAAUGGGAAUUUUUGAAAUGGGUUGGGAAAAGCCAUCUCCUAUUCAGGAGGAGAGCAUUCCCAUUGCUUUAUCUGGUAGGGAUAUCUUAGCUAGAGCAAAAAAUGGAACAGGCAAAAGCGGUGCCUACCUCAUUCCCUUACUUGAAAGGCUAGACCUGAAGAAGGACAAUAUUCAAGCAAUGGUGAUUGUUCCCACUAGAGAACUCGCUCUACAGGUCAGUCAAAUUUGCAUCCAGGUCAGCAAACACAUGGGAGGAGCCAAAGUGAUGGCAACCACAGGAGGAACCAACUUACGGGAUGAUAUAAUGAGGCUUGACGAUACAGUACACGUGGUGAUCGCUACCCCUGGCAGAAUCCUGGAUCUUAUCAAGAAAGGAGUAGCAAAGGUUGAUCAUGUCCAGAUGAUAGUAUUGGAUGAGGCAGAUAAGUUGUUGUCACAGGAUUUUGUGCAAAUAAUGGAGGAUAUUAUUCUCACGCUACCUAAAAACAGGCAGAUUUUGCUAUAUUCUGCUACUUUCCCUCUUAGUGUACAGAAGUUCAUGAAUUCUCAUUUGCAGAAACCCUAUGAGAUUAACCUGAUGGAGGAACUAACUCUGAAGGGAGUAACCCAGUACUACGCAUAUGUAACAGAGCGCCAAAAAGUACAUUGCCUCAACACACUUUUCUCCAGGCUUCAGAUAAACCAGUCCAUCAUCUUCUGUAAUUCCUCUCAGCGAGUGGAAUUGCUCGCCAAGAAGAUCUCCCAGCUGGGAUACUCCUGCUUCUAUAUCCAUGCUAAGAUGAGGCAGGAACAUCGAAAUCGUGUGUUUCAUGAUUUUCGAAAUGGCUUAUGCCGCAAUCUUGUUUGCACUGAUCUGUUUACCCGAGGUAUUGAUAUACAAGCUGUGAAUGUGGUAAUUAACUUUGACUUCCCAAAGCUGGCAGAGACCUAUCUUCAUCGUAUUGGAAGAUCAGGUCGCUUUGGUCAUCUUGGCUUAGCCAUCAACUUGAUCACAUAUGAUGAUCGCUUCAACCUGAAAAGUAUUGAGGAGCAGCUGGGAACAGAAAUUAAACCUAUCCCAAGCAACAUUGACAAGAGCCUCUAUGUGGCAGAAUACCAUAGUGAGCCUGUAGAAGAUGAGAAACCUUAACAAGCAUGCUUUGACAAACUGCAGAAGGCUCCUUUGGAUCUGUGACACAUCAUUGGGGGGGAUGCUCUUCUCAUUGUGGGUUUUUCAUCUAUUAUUUUGGAACUAUGAAGACUUAAAAAAGAGCUCAGACUUUUUCUUUUUUUUUAACUGGUGAAGAGAAAAGACUGAAAAGAAAUGUACCUUUUUUGUUCUCACUUGUUUGCACUGUGUGCUGACUGAACAUUAGUUGCACUAACUGCUGGUUUUUUAAAAUGUUUUCUGGGUAAAGGGGACAAGGAAGGAGGAAAAAGGAAGAGAAGGGGAGAAACCCUAAGAAGAGAAGAACCUUGAUGAAUACACAAGCUUGUCUACAAUUUCAAAUUUCUCCAACAGCUGACUCUACUGCAUUUCAACUUCUCCCUGAUUAUUCAUCCGUUUUUUAAGCCUGAAGAGCUUAUUACUUAUUUGUGCGAAGUGCCUUAUGCUAUGAGACCAUUCAGAACAUCAUCUUUUAGACACAGCCCAAGGAAUCAACAAAGUAAUUUUCUUUUUCUUUCCUUUUCUCUUUGUUCAUUUUGUUUUCAAGUUGAAGUCUCUCUUCCUGUUCUACCCAGUACUCAAGCCCAGGGCUGGAAGAUAAAACUUGCUAGUAAUGUUAAACACCAUCUUCUUAUUUUAUAUGGAGGAGUUGAUAUGCAAUUGCAGUUCAUCCACACUGUAAAUACAUGUAUUUAAGAAAGAACAAUCCCAAGUAAAAAUGUCUUCUGGGCUGAGUAAAUGCAACAUCACCGCUCCCAAAGGAAAGAGCAGUCUACCAUUGCAAGAGCCGUAUGACAAGCCUUUGUGAUCUAUAGCAGAGCACUAAAGACUGGUUUACAUGCAACUCCAUUACCAGUAUGGCACUUGAUGUGUAGACUUGUCAGAGCCUUGACCCUCUUUCCUCUGUGGCAAGCGUGUCCCAUAGAAAAUCGGGUGUGUAUACUUGUAUAAACUUUGUAAAUAAGUUUUUUUUCUGGGUUCAUAUAUAAAUAUAUAUAUAUAUAUACAUAUAUAUAUAUUAUUUUUUUUUUGGAUAAAGGUUGCUGGGAUUAAGGGGAUUAGAGUGAUUAUGGGAGCAGCUAAAGAUGAGAGGGGCUCAGUUUUCUGCAACACUAAAUUCUAAAAAUACUUCGACCUCUUAUUGUAGAAAGUAGAUUUCUGUGGGGACUUGUGUUAGAGCCAGGGCCCAGAAGUCUAAGAUGCACUGUUUGCCGUCACAUUGUCUCAUGUGCUAAGUUUUGGAGCAGUCUCACCAGAAAGCAAGGAAGCUUGAGAAAUAUAAUUUAAGACGAUUAUUGAGAAGUGCUGUGAUUUUGGCUCUCCUUUUCUAAAAGUUUGAGGAACUAUCUGAAGUUCUGCAAAGGGAGACAAAGAUUAACCUUCCUUACAGUGUGGGAUUUGUAUUGAGUGGCAGGAUCUUUGAGCAGAAUAUGUAGAAAGCAUUGAUUUGCAUUUCAGAAUAUCUACCAGUACCAGCCUUGGCAACAUUAGCAGUUCAGAGCAUAAUUUUCUGUGGAUCAUCUCUGUAGUGUGUAAGCGUGUUGCCCCUGCCCACCUUAGUGCAUAAACUUCUGCAGGAAUGGGCAACCCCUGAGCGCUGUUAACUUUCCUGUUACAGAAAGCUGCUUGUGACAAGAAUUGUUCUGUCAUUCUGCAUUGUAAAUUGCUGGCAAAUGCUUUACAGUGGACAGUGUUGCUUUAAAUUGUGCCCCUCCCAACAUGCUUGAUGUUUGGCCUGAUAUCCAGGCAAAAGGAGUGAGAUGAACCAAAACCAGUGAACUUUUUUUUUUUUUUUUUUUUUAAUGUUUGUAAUUCCCUUUUAACCCAGUGUACUAGGUCAGUCAGGAGGCAUCUAGGGAACAAAAAAAGCAAAAAACAAAACUUAAAAAAAAAAUUGAUCUCCAUAUUCCAUCAUUUUUCAAAACCUUAAAAUACUACAAGGUAAUUCCUGCAUAUGCUUUCAUGCUUAACUCAUUUGGAUAAAGAAAUCAGUUAUUUGAAGUUGCUUUUUUGACUUUGCCUAGUUCUAAGCAAAACUAUUUGUGACUCACCCCAAAUUCCUUGGGGAUCAAAAUCCUGCAGAUGCCUCCUGAUCAGACAUAGCCCUAACUCCUUAACAACUGUAGCAAGAGCUGCACAGUACAGACCCUCAAAGAGCAUGCUCUUUCUUUGGAAUCCACAUAGGCUCUGUCCACUCAAAAUUGGAAAUACUCAAAUUAAGGAAGUAACUUUUUCAGGGAGGGUGGGGGAGGGGCUUAAAAGGUAUCACCUUUUGACCUAUAAAUCUUGCCCUUGUACUGAUGCAGCUCUCUUUCUUCCCCACCCCUGGCGAGAGAAGAACAAUCUUUCAUGUUGAACACUAGCAAAAAAGGGGUGUGAAUGCAAUUGUGUAUCUCGCCAGAGAGUGUGCGUAAUUAAACAAAAAAUGCAGUCUCCCUUGCCAACUUUGGACUGCUCUGCCUGGUGCCACAUGCCUGUGGGUCCCUCUUAAAGCACAGACUUUAAACUGAAAGUGUUAUGAAGUACAGCCUCUGCUGAGGAGUGGCACUUAAAACUACUCAUCCGUCUGGGACACCAUGACUGGACACUGUCUUAGGCAGCUGCCCAGCUUUGGUGCUUGACUCAAAUAGGAAUUAUUAAAUGGAAAGAUGCUCUAAUGACUAGGUCAAAGCCUAGUCUUUUUUUAUUUUUUAUUUUUAGCCCCCUCAUUAAAAAAAAAUACUAUUAUUGGAAAUUAUAUUUCAGGUUCUUUUUUUUCCAGUGGCUCAUUUGGCUUAGAACUGUGUCCUGUUUUUAAUUUUAAAACUGCAUCAACUCACAGUCAUACUGUCGUGUAAUAAGUUAUGGACUGUUACACACCUUGCUGCCUCUGGACCCAUUUUUUUUUUCCCUCUUCUGAAAAUAAACUUUCCAUUAGUGGAAUAUGUCAUAAAAUGAUCUUUCCUGGAAAGGAAAGGUAAACCUAAAUUUGUUUCUAUAUUUUCACAUGGGUCUUUGCAUCAUUGGGUUGGCCCAAAAUGUUGGGAUGGGGUGGGUGGGUAUCAGUAUUUGUUUUCAGAAUGAGAUGGGAGCAUCUUUCCUUUGCCACUCACUUUGUGUUUGGUACCAUCGUGCUUGGUUAGAACAACAUGGUGCAGCACGAAGCCUUGAGUGUGAACUUGGAGUCAAAACAUCUCAUUCUGAUCACUUAGGUUUUUUUUUUUUCUUUUCUUU